GACAUCAAUUCCAUCCCACCAGUUGCGACGGCUGUAUUACUAUUCACAUAGUUUACAACCUACACAGUGCAAGAUGGAGCGGCAAAACUCCGCCGUAGAGGCGUCCCAAGAAACUCUCAUAUCAUUACAACAACUCGAACCGUCGCCUGUCGAGUCGCCUCUAAACCUCGACAAACAACUUCCCGAUCUUCCUAAUGAAGUCCUAACCCCCCACCACGGAGUUGGGACUCUUGGUCUGAGCGGCUUCAAUAAUGGCUAUGGCACUGUAUAUUACUUAACCCGCCUACAAAAAUACUCCACCUACGCCUUCUCUCUCUUCGCCGCCAUGCACAUAACCAAUACCUCUCUCCUCCCGCUCGUCACCCGCUCCCUCCCUGAUGCCGACAAAUACCUCCUCCUAACGCGCCCUUUCUACCAAUCUUUCCCCAUGGAAGCCGCCCUCAUCAUCGCGCCGCUUCUCACACACGUCCUCUCUGGAUUCGCGCUGCGUGUGCACCGCCGAAACGCGACCCUCAAGCGCUACGGCGCCUCGAACCUCUCCGUCGCGAACAGGUUGCAGCAGCGCCUGCGCAUCUGGCCGGGCUUCAGCUGGCAGCAGCUGGGGGGUUAUGCGCUUGUUGGGCUGGUGGGGGGGCAUGCGUAUGUCAACCGCGUCGUGCCGCUGAUCCAUGAGGGGAGCAGUGCGGGGGUGGGACUACAGUACGUGGCGCAUGGGUUUGCGAGGCACCCAUUUCUGGCGUGGUCGGCGCAGGUGGCGCUGGUGGGGGUUACGGCUGGGCAUGUGGUGUGGGGGUGGGCGAGGUGGAUGGGGCGGGCUGGGGCGGUGGAUCAGAAGACGGCAAGAAGGAGGUUUUGGACUAUCAAUGGUGUUGUGGCUGCGGUUGCAGGUAUUUGGGCUGCUGGUGGAUUUGGUGUCGUUGCUAGAGGUGGGUUGACUACAGGGUGGGUGGGAAAGGGAUUUGAUGAGCUGUACAAGACGAUUCUGGGUUUGGGUUUGUAUAUGUAAAGAUUUGGAUAUUAUGGAUGAAGAUAUAUUGGGUUACGAGAAAAGGGAGUCUGGAAGCCUGAUAUAUUAUAGAAAUAAGAUGAGAAGAUUUUUACGAUCCAAUCUCCCACAAGCCAUGUAUUCUAAUGUAGAGAAUUCUCAUAUAGUUCUAGUACGGCCAAUUUUUUUUUCC